GAACUUUCAACUUUCUUGGCUUUGCAGUUUCUCAGCAGGACAGUCGAAGUGUUCUAUUCGCCCGUGCAACAGAUUUAAUCGCGCUAUUUGCUCAAACCGCUACAGGAAUGAGUGAGAAUCAGUUUGACGUAGUUGUAGUAGGCGCGGGACUGUCCGGACUCAGCGCGGCUCGCAGGCUGCAAAAGAGAAACCCGCAACUUAGCGUCUUGGUUCUGGAGGCCAGAGACCGUGUCGGAGGAAGAACUGUAAGUAAAGACCUGCAUAGCUGCGAGGCGUGUGACCAGUGGGACAUGGGGGGACAGUGGGUGUCCAGCUCGCAGACCCAUGUCAUGGAGCUUAUUCGAGAGCUUGGUCUGGAGGUCUUUCCACAAUACACUGAGGGCAAGAAGGUGCAUCACGUGGGUGGCCAUGCCAAAAUCAAAACGUACACCUCUAGCAUGCCGUCAUACUCCCCGCUGGCCCUGCUGGACUUCACCCAGGUUCUGUGGCGGGGAUAUGAGAAACAGCAACCCAUAUCAGUUGAACACCCAAUGAGUUCUCCUAACGCUGAGCUGCAUGAUAGCAUGACUCUUCACACCUUCAUGGAAAAAUAUGUCUGGACCACACAGGUGAAAGAGGAGCUGGCUUUGUGUAGCCGUAUCGUGUUCGGCUUGGAAGCCUCUCAGGUCUCCUUCCUGUAUUUUCUGAUGUACUCCGCUGCAGCAGGGGGCACCCUACGACUCCUGGAGACCACACCUGGCUCGGGUCAAGAGUUCAGGGUCAAGGGGGGCACUCAGCAGCUGUCAGAAAAGCUAGUGGAGCAGAUCGGAAGAGAACGGGUUCGGCUGGGCGCCGCUGUAAUGACCAUAUGUCAGAAUUCAGAGAACAUAAAAGUUACAACUUCUGCAGGCACAGUCACUUGUAAAGCUGUCAUUGUUGCGUGUCCUUCUCACUUGGCAGCCCAGAUCCGUUACGAGCCUGCCCUGCCUGCUGAGCGCCAGCGCCUCACCCAGUGCCUGCCCAUCGGCCACAUGACAAAGUUUAUCGUCACUUACCCCACUGCAUUUUGGAAGCAAAGAGGUUUCUCGGGGGAAAUCGUGGCACGUCCCUCUGAGAACUGUCCUUUAAGCGUCACAUUUGAUGCCACCAGCCCCAGAGGCAGUCCUGCGCUGGUGGGGUUCAUCACUGGAGUACAGGCCCGUGACUGGUGCGACAGAAAGAUGUGGGAGAGAAGAGAUGCUGUGAUCUCCAGCCUGGUGAAGUACCUUGGUCCAGAGGCGUCCACCUACAUUCACUACGAAGAAAAGGACUGGGCAAAAGAGGAGUGGAGUGGAGGCUGUCCUGUGAAUGUAAUGACCCCUGGGAUGCUAACAUAUUACCACCCGAGUCUUCGAAAGCCCUUCGGCAGGAUUCAUUGGGCCGGCACAGAGACGGCUACCCAAUGGUGUGGAUACAUUAAUGGAGCCAUUCAGGCCGGUCAGCGGGCGGCUAUGGAGGUCCUGGCUCAGAUGUGUCCUUCUUCUCUGUCCCAGGAGGAACUGGACGCAGUGCGAGCUUCUCUGAAACACAGUGACCCAAGAAAAGAUUCAAAGUGUACAUCGUCUAAGUGUUAUUACCUCUUUGGCGUGGUAAUGACAGCGGCUGCUCUGGUGUCCGCCUACCUGUUGGCCAAACCAGAACUGCGAUUUAAAUGGUUUUAAAAGGAUUAUUGGCACCACUUAGCCAAUGUGCCUUAAAAUGCACAACUAAAAUAACAGUAAUUUACAGAUUAAUGUCAACUUGACCCAUUUGACAUUUACUUACAACACAUUUCUGAAUGAAACAGCAUUUUCAAAGGAAAAACAGAGUGGGAUUUGAUUGGAUAAUGAAAAGUUGCAUACCAGAAUAGAGCCAGAUGGUUGGUGGGAAGGUGUUGAGAAAUAAGAGGGCUUGGAGAUGUCAGCCAAAGAGGAAAGAAGCAUUUCAUAUGCACAGCAAGUUUGAGCUGAAAGUUAACGGAGACUUUUUUUUUUUUAAAUCGUGCAUGCAAAGGAAAUGUGAAUAUAAAGUCGUUAAUCAGUCGUUAAGUUUAAUUAUCAGUAUUCUAAAAUCGAACAUCAUUACAGUAUAAUCACUUGUUGUAUCUUGCACUUAAUAAUGAAACUGACUUUUCAGCUGACAUUUCCAUAUUUGAUUUUUCUCAUUUGCUUUUGGUGCAACAUAGAAUUGUAAAAAUAUGUUAUGUGAAAGGAAUAUGAAACAUCAAAGCACAGAAGUGAAGCAAACACACAGUGAGCUACAGUGCGUGAAGUUUUUUUGUCAAGCUAAAGUGCCUCUCUUCCUUUCAACUCCAUGAGAAUCUCUAUUGUUUUUAGGAAAAUAUAGCACGUUGGACACUCAAAUUUGUUAAGGCCUCUUUGAACAUGUCAGAUGAGUUUAAUGACUCUCAUUGUGCAUAGAUGCACAAUGCCACAUCAUUUUAGUUAAUAACAAUAUGGUCAGUGAAAAUGUGUCCAACUAUAAUAGACCAAACUGUAAUCAGACAUUUAUAUCUGGAACCAACAUUAUUGAAUGUGUUAACAUAUAAUAUACAAUAUCCCAGAAACAGUAUCAUUAUACAGUAUCAACAUGUCUUGACACUAAUAUUCACUCUGUAUACUCACCUAUUACAUGUGUUAUUACAUUAUGUGGUACUGCAUGUUCUUUACACACUGCUUAUUGUUAAUUGUUAGGUUUGUUCAUGUUCACUUGCAUCCAUGCAGAUUAUAAGCAGCAGCUAAUAUUACAUUUAUGCUGUCACAUUUGUGACAAUAUGUUUGGAAAUGCACUAUGUUAGCCAGCGAAUACAUUUAUAAUCCGUUAUUAAAGGAAUAGUUCACUCAAAAAUUAUUUCAUUAAUUACCCACCCUCGUGUCUUUCCAAACCCGUAAGGCCUUCAUUCAUCUUCGGAACGCAAAUUAACAUAUUUUUGAUUAAAUCUGAAAGCUUUCUGACCCUGCAUAGACAGCAACACAACUGAAUCAUUUUAUGGCCCAGAAAGGUAGUAGGAACAUCAUUAAAAUAGUCCAUGAACCAUCAGUGGUUCAACUUCAAUUUUAUGAAGCCACAAUGUAUUUUUUUGUGUGCAAAGAAAGCAAAAAUAACGACUUCCAUGUCAUUCUUUGAUGUGCGUUCACAGCAGUACCACGAUGCAUACAUGUAAUGCUGCUGGAACGACUUGAGGAUGAGUAAUUAAUGACAGAAUUUAAAUUUUUGGGUCAACAAACCCUUUGUUAUUUUAAUCUUUUUUUUUUUCUUUUUUUUUGAUAUUUGUAAUCUAUGCUUAAUAAUAGAGCACAAAGAAUCCAUAUUCAUUUAUAUGUAACAUCUGCACAAAAAGGCACUUAAUCCAUAUUGUGUUUUUUAUUUCUUUUUCUAAAAAACAUUGUGCAUCGAUAAAAUCUCAUGAUAAAAUGUCAUUUUUGUUUUUUUUAUAUUUUCAUCAACGGUAUGUUUAAAAUCAUUAAAUCAUAAUCUUGA